AUGUUUGAGGAUAUUGUCGGACGGAGCGCCGAUUCCGAUGCAGUUAAGCUGCAUCAUCUCGAUAAGGCGCUAACGGGUGAUGCCUCCGGUUGGAUUACGGCAAGAAUGAUCGUUGACAACAACUUCAAACAAACCUGGCAACAGCUCAGUGACCAGUACGAAAACCCCCGAGUAAUCGUCGAUACGCAUAUCGAAGGUUUGCUCGAGAUGAAACCGAUGACCACCCGCAGCCAUAAAGAUUUACUCGAGCUAGUGAAGACAUUCAUCCGUCAUGUUGGCGGUCUCGAGUACCAGGGACUGGAAGUUGAUGUACUAUCUGGUCUCAUCCUCACGAAGAUCCUCACUUCACGAUUGGACGAUCAAACACUCCAGUUAUGGGAGAGGACACAGCAGCAUGCCAAGCUGCCCCAAUACCAAGAAACUGUGGCCUUUCUUCGAAGCGAAUGCCAGGUGUUGGAAAGGUUCCAAAACCGGCACCAGAUGACGGCAAAAGAGCCAUUGCCAAGGCAACAACAGGGUUCGAAACCAACUAACCAGAAAGCCCACGCUGCAACGACUGUGACCUCCAGCAGUUCCUGCCAGGUAUGUAGUGGCUACCAUCGCCAUUUCGAAUGCCCGAAGUUCCAUCAAAUGUCACCGGCUCAACGGAAUGAAAAAGUGAAGGAGUUGAGAAUCUGUUUCAACUGCCUUCGCCCUGGUCAUCGAGCCAUUGAUUGUUCAUCCAAAAAGACGUGCUAUCGCUGCCAGAGAAGACACCACACUCUGUUGCAUGAAGAAGCAGAUUCGAAUGCAGUGGAGGUGGCACCAACCAUCCAAAAUGAAGAACCAGCUUGCCAAACCUCUUCCGAGAACCACUCGGAGUCUCAACGAGUCACCGAAACUGUUGCGUCAUGUAACCAUUCUAAAGCUGCCAAAACCGUUAUGCUCAUGACCGCUGUGGUGCGAAUCAAGGAUUCUCGUGGAUGGACAACUCCCUGCCGUGUUCUGUUGGAUAGCGGCUCGCAAGUCAACUUCCUAUCCAAGGCAAUGGCUGACCGCUUGGCCACCGAAAGACGACCUGCACAUGUACCCAUCGCUGGAAUAGGUGGGUCCAAAACCUACGCGAAGGAGAAGAUGAUGGUGGAAGUGGAGUCCAGGCAUUCCGAUUUCUGUACUACUAUCGAAUGCCUCGUAGUUCCUGAGAUAACGGGAGCGAUUCCAGCAACGAAAAUCAACGUUUCGGCAUGGCCAAUCAACACCGAUCUACUUAUGGCAGACCCCAACUUCCACACUCCUUCCGAUAUCGAUAUGCUAAUCGGUAUCUCCCAUUUUUUGCAAUUGCUAAAGACGGGCCGUAUUCAACUGAGUGAUAAGUUACCUGAACUACAAGAAACCCAUUUAGGAUGGGUAGUUGCAGGAGACAUCGACGACGUGUCAACCUCCCAGCAGUGUCUAGCUGCCCUGACGGAUCCUAUUUCUGAAGUCCUUCGCCAAUUUUGGGAGCUGGAAGAGAUCUCUGAGUCAGUAACACAACCCAGCGAGCAAGAUGAGUGCGAAAAAGUAUUCCAGUCUACCCAUCGUCGAGAUGAGACCGGCAGAUAUGAGGUGAGUUUGCCAUUCCGCGAAUCGGUGCACGAGCUAGGAGACAACCGAAACUUGGCCUUUCGUUAG